CUGGACUUACGCUAGCUUCACAAAUGAAAGAAAUAAUACGUAACAAAUAUUCACUGGAAGUAAACGAAGAUGAUAGAUAUUAUCACCGGAGACCAGAGAACUUGCGUAAAUGAAACACUCGACGUGAUCUACGCGCGUGACGAAUGUGUUCUGCUGUUGAAAAUGAGUCUUCGGGCGAUCGGACCCCCCCAGUCCUAACGCGAUAUUAAAAAAUGUACGAGGAAGGAUAAACUCUUUCACCCUGUCUUCGAAACUUUCGUUAGAAUAACGUUUCAUUGUACUCGUUUGCAACUAUGCUGUCUACUGAAAAAAUCAUGCGACGCAACUGCAACGUGGAAAAAUUUCACUGCCCGCGACGUCGCGCGAUGGAAUAUUAAAUCCCUUUCUACCUCUACUUGGUCCGUUUUUUUGUACAUACUUCUCGCGGAGGUAUAAUAGUAGCAAUUUAACGUUGUAGUUUUUUACUACGAUCUUGUGGACAAGAGAAAACGAUAGGGUUGGAUCGCGCACGGACGAGUUUAGCCAUGAAUAACUCAUCGCUUGGGUUCGCGAAACACGCAGACUACGAAUGGGCAGUUAGCUUGAAUCGCUACUGCUUGAAGAUAACUGGUCUUUGGCCGCAAGUGAAUCAUGGUGUCGGUUCAUUAUUGGCAAAGCUGCACAUAAUAGUGAUUCUUAUAGCGUUUACAUUGGUCUGUACGAUUCCGUGUUUCUGUGGAUUGAUCAUGAAAUGCGAUAACAUUAUGGCGCGCAUAAACUGUUUAGGAUUUUGUAUACCUUUCCUGAUCGUCUAUCUGAAGUAUUUUGUUUUAUACAGCAAAAGGAGAAUUCUGUUGCCUGUUAUACGUAUGAUCGCCGAAGACUGGGCAAAAUCGAAAACGGAUGCGGAAAAAGGCGUAAUGAUACGUCAAGGUCGUAUUUCACGAGCGUUCAUAAUAUUUUCCUAUGCAAGUACAGCUUUGGCAGUGUUAUGUAUAAUUAUCAUGCCGCAAUUCGGUAACUCGUUUCGACUCUCAACCGAGGAAUCCGAUUUAUUUCCUAUUCCGACUUAUUUCGUGUACGACGUUUCGCAAAGUCCGUAUUACGAGAUAAUAUUCGUCGUUCAAGUAAUUACCAUAGUGACCUCAACAUGUUGUUACAUCGGAGUUGGCCAUUUCUUUGGACUAUUGAUUCUGCAUAUUUGCGGCCAACUGGAAAUUCUUCGAACUCGUUUGUCGGAUAUGAAAAAUUCCGACAAUUUUGAUUACAACUUAAUGACCGUCGUAUUGAAUCACAAUCAGCUUAUCAGGGCAGUCGAUGCAAUCGAAGACACGUACACGCUGUUGCUUUUUGUCUUAUUUCUUUACUUCGGUGUGUUUAUUUGUAUCUACGGAUUAAUUUUAGUGAACAUGAUCACUGGAGAAGGCACUUUUUCACCGUUGGAACUGUUCUUUUCGCUAAGUACUCUUACGAAUACCUUUGUUCAGACGGCCCUUUACUGUACCGUGGGUCAGAUUUUGGCAAGUCAAUCGGAGGGAGUGUUCGACGCUGCCUACGAAUGCGAAUGGCUCAACCUGAAGGUGAAGGAAGUGAAAAAUUUGAUUUUGAUCAUGACGAUAGCUCGGAGACCGCUUUACGUUACAGCAGGAAAAAUAUUUCCUCUGACGAUGCUGACAUUUUGCAACAUAUUGAAAGUGUCGUUCAGCUAUAUAUCUUAUUUACUGACACGGAUAUAGUAUCAUAGACCUUUAUAAAAAUCAUUAAUUUAAUCGACGCGUCUACUCUAAUGGAAGAUUCGCUCUUAAUAGAGUGUAAUUGAUAGAUACAUUAUGGAAAUGUACACAGAAUCUUUUAUUGCUAACGUUAAAGAUGAUUUAUGGUAAUCGUAAAUGCAACGAUCCAAGUUACU